UCACAGAGCGAGUUAGAAUUUCAGUUCUCCUCGAUCUCUCCUUCUCCUCUUCUCUUCUCCUCUCCUCUCCUCUCUUCUGAAGAAAGAAGAAGAAGAAGAAGAAAGCGAAACCCUAACCCUAACCCUAAGAUGUCGUUGAAAGGCGGCGCUGGAUCUUCGCGGGAGGAGCUGAAGAAGAUCUUCGACAAGUUCGACAAGAACGGCGACGGCAGGAUCUGCUGCGACGAGCUCCGGGCGAUCUUCCUUGAGCUCGGCUCCGAAACGACGUCGGAGGAGGUCAAGACCAUAAUGGCCGAGUUCGACAAGGACGGCGACGGCCGCAUUGACCUCGACGAGUUCGCAGAGGUUCUGAACGGCGGAUCCACCAAGGAUCUCCGCGACGCGUUUGACCUCUACGACCUCGACAAGAACGGCCGCAUCUCCGCGAAGGAACUGCACGAGGUUCUCAAGCGAUUGGGCCAGAAGUGCUCGCUCAAGGACUGCGAGAAGAUGAUCCGCUCCGUCGACGCCGACGGCGAUCGCCACGUCAACUUCGAGGAAUUCAAGAAGAUGAUGAAGAAACCCUAACUGAAUCGUAAGGCUCCGUUAAGCAAGUCAAUUAGAUAGUUGAGAUUAGAACAAGUUUGGUUUGAAAUUUCAUGACGUACUGCUAGUUAAUCUGGAUUAGGUGUAUAAAUUGUUUCCGAUUAACCUACUUGUUUCUUUAUCAUUGUUAUUUUUCUAUGCUUAUGGUUGGCUACUUUGGACAAUUUCUAUUGGCUACUUUUUCUUGUUUGGUGGGGGCACUGCUUCUGGUACGGCAUAGACUAAAUAGUGUUGAUGCGGACCAAGUGGUUCCGUUGCUGACAUCAACACGGAAUUGGACUUUGAGCAAAAGUCUUUGACUGUCUUUGACUGGCUUUACAUGUCUAAUCACAGUUGUGUUUAUACUUUAUAUAAUGAUAUAUUGAAGAAAAAAAAAAAUUGGAGUGUUUUGAUAA